CGGCAGCGGUGUGAGGUGUUACAUGGUGGUGCACAUAGGUCGUUUGCUGUCUCGACCGAAUUAGUAAGACUGUGACUGUGAUGGCAGAGCCUGGGAGAGGCAGCCUAGCAGGUGGCCAGGGCGGGCAGCUGGAGUCUGGCGAUGGAGCAGGCGUGGGGCAGCCGGCAGCGCCAGAGGCUGCAGCGAAGGAGCCUGCUGAGGCACAGGCACCAGAAAGCAGCCUUUCCAGAGAGGAAAGCCGCAGCGAGCUGAUGGAAGCAGCUGAGGACUGGGACAUGGAGGAGGUCAUCGCUCUGGUGGCGGCAGGGGCGGACGUGGGGGCGAGAGGAGAGUGCGAGACUACUGCUCUGCACUGGGCAGCAGAGAGCGGGCACUUGGAAGCGGUGAAGUGCCUGCUGGGGGCUGGGGCAGAGGUGGACGCCAGAGACAACAGACAAGUCACACCUCUGCACUUGGCUGCAUAUGAGGGCCACACACCUGUGGUGCGACUGCUGCUUGGGGCAUCAGCUGACCCCAACGCUAGAGAUGCUCUAGGGAGGACACCACUGCACGAUGCCGCAAGAGAGGGCCAUUUAGAUGUGGCGACUGCACUGCUUGAGGCAGGGGCAAACAGUGGGGUCAGGGAUCCAAAGUAA